AUGGCUUCUGUCACGCUGCUGCUGCAGCUGCUGCUCAUGGCACCAGCUGCAUCUGCAUGGUCCAUGUAUCCUUACUACAGAUACUAUGGAGGCUCAGUGACCUUCAGCCCAAAGGGGAGGAAUUCAGACGGGACGUAUGAGGUGGAACUUCGCAACAAGCAAACAUCGUAUUACUGCUACACCAACGGCUACACGUGUUCCCACGGUGACUGUGGGUCCCAGACCCUGAGUACUGGGUCUUACAUUUCCAGUAAUUCCUAUGGAAUCUACUGGUGCCAGUACGAGGUGGUGACAAGAAGAAAACUCAACAGCACCCUGCCCUUUGAGAUUAGAUAUCCCACUACGUACAACACUCAGUAUGGUCAGGGAUACUGGAUAUCAAACGUCAGGAGCUCCCUGGUUGCUUGGUCAAUGACGGCACAUGUGGACCUGGGAACCCGAUCUGACACUGGUCAAUCAAACAGAUCUCCCAUCACUACAAUCCCGGCCAUUCUCAGAGUUCCCAGGAACUGCCCACGAUCAUUCAACAUCAUGAUGUUUGACCCUGACGGUGACAGGGUCAGAUGCAGAGUGCCGACAAACUCAAGCACAUCUGAGUGUGGGCUGUGCAGUCUGACCAGCGGUUUCUCUUUGGAUGAGCUUAACAACCACCACAGCUGUUCCAAGAACCACCACAGCUGCAACCACCCCAGCUGCUCCAACAACCACUCCAUCUGCUCCAAGAACCACCCCAGCUACUCCAACAACCACCCCAUCUGCUCCAAGAACCACCCCAGCUGCUCCAAGAACCACUCCAUCUGCUCCAAGAACCACCACAACUGCUCCAACCACCACUCCAGCUGCUCCAAGAACCACCACAACUGCUCCAACCACCACCCCAGCUGCUCCAACCACCACCCCAGCUGCUCCAACCACCACCCCAGCUGCUCCAAGAACCACCACAACUGCUCCAACCACCACCCCAGCUGCUCCAAGAACCACCACAACUGCUCCAACAACCACCACAUCUCAACAACCACCACAGCCGCUCCAACCACCACCACAGCUGCUCCAACCACCACCACUGCAGCCACCACAGCUGCUCCAACAACCACCACGUCUGCUCCCACCACCACCACCACAGCUGCUCCAAGAACUACCACAGCUGCAACCACCACAGCUGAAACAACAACCACCACAGCUGAAACAACAGCAGAUCCUUACAGAACAUCACCUGCUCCUCUGAGCCAGCUCCCACUGCAGUUUUCUGUCAAAGUGGAAUGGCACUAUGCCCCUUCAUGCCUUGAUGGUGAUUACUUUCCCAUUUUCUUGGCUCCAACUCCGAUCAAUGGAAUAACUCUAACUGCAUUUGUGAACCAGACUCUGGAAAUCAAAGUCAAAUCCACAGCACAGUACAGCACGGUUUAUAACCUGUUUAUCUCUGGACCAAAGGACAUUUCAUUGCAGAGGAUCUCCGCAGAAGAAUACAUCAUAAAAUGGACACCAACUGAAAAUGAACUGAAUGAUCGUUUUCCUAUCUGCUUUGUUUCUGAAGCAAGAACCGGGUACUACAUGUUUCAGUCAGAGAUACGCUGUGUGAUUGUGGAGGUUGGAAUGCAUGAGGCGGCUGUGACAUGCAAUGAAACGACCAUAACAGUGGAAGUGGAGAAGUCCGACCUCAUCAGACGCAACGAGGACAGCUUGCAUCUCAACGAAUUCAUAGAUCCUUCCUGCAACCUGACAAGACUCUCCAAUACGACCCACCUGGUGGCCGUCAUGUCACUGAACACGUGUGGGACCACUGUGGAGGAGGAUGAAGAUAACAUCAUUUUCAAGAACAAGAUCACAUCUGCUGACCCAAAUCAAAUCAUCUCCAGGCAAGACACCAUUGACAUCAUCUUCUCAUGCUCCUAUCCAAAGCGAACCAACCUGACCCUGGGAUUCAGACACAAAAACCCCUAUGCCUUCACAGAGAAAGGCUUUGGCUCGUUCACCUUCCAGUUCGAAUUCUUCGAGAGUCAGCUGUUCAGAAAACAGAUUGAUGCCGGUUCCUACCCAGUGGACGUGUACCUCAAACAGAUGAUGUUCAUGCAGAUCGAAGCCACCACCUCCAUCCCCAACACGGAGCUGUUCGUAGAGUCCUGCAAAGCAACUCCCUAUGACAACCCGGACUCUCGCGUCAGCUACACCAUCAUUAAAAAUGGGUGUGUGAAGGACAAGACAGUGCAGAUUUACCCCAGCUCCAAGUCUCAGUUCAGAUUUGGAAUGGAGGCAUUUGAAUUCAUCGGUGCUCAUGAGGAGGUGUACAUCACCUGUUUGGUUGUCCUCUGUGAGGCUGGCGUCUCUGGAACCAGGUGCUCUCAGGGUUGCAUCAGAUCUGACGCGGAGAUCCAUCGCGGCAAAAGAGAAGCUGCGGGUCAGAGCAGCAGGCACUCCAUUUCCCAGGGUCCUUUGCGCCUGGUUAAAACUUCUGACAGCCAAGCGUCUGUCCCGGGCCUGAACCUGGGCAUGAACCUGGUCUUCAUCAUCGGCUGCCUGCUGGUGUGUGGAGUGGUGAUCUACAGGUCGAGGAGACCCAAAGCUAAAUACCAGCGCCUGCCAACGUCGGACACAGACUGAGGACAGAGGACGUUUUUCAGUCCACUGAGAUGAUGAUUCUCCACCACAGUCGAUGUUUUUCUGUCUUUUUUUAUGGUUUUGAUGGUUUGAAUCAUGUUUCUCUGUUCAGUUAAAAGUUGCUUUCAUGGUCUGAGACAAACAUGAAAGUGUGUUUUUAAACGUGUUUGUUUAAAUGAAAUAUUUUAGGUGCAUCUCUCUAUUCAGUAUGAGGCUGCUUUGAAAAUUAGUAAAUUCGUGUGUGUCCUGUGAACGUCCACAGACUUAACAUGAAGUUGAGCUUCAGCUUGUUAAUAAAAUAUGAUCCAGAUUUCACUGAUUGAAGUUUGUUCUCAGCUUGUUGUUCAUCACUGUCUGCCUACGAUUUCUUUCGGUGUCAUUAUGAACUGAACUGUAUUUAUCUGUUUCUACAAUUAUUCAUUUUUCAUUUAUGUGUAUUAUGAAAAUGAGCGUGUUAAAAAAUAAUAAAGGAGUAA